AUGUCGCAGUGGACUGGUGAGCAACGCGCGUUCGCAGUAGAAUCGUACUUCAAAAGUAACGAUUCCUGUACCAUUGCCCGUCGUCGAUUUUGUACACGUUUUGAUAUUCAACGUUUAAGUGACGAACCAAGUGUUAUUACCAAUUUAAUUAGAACGUGGAUGCAGAAGUUCCGAGCAACUGGUUCAACCAUAAAGAACCCUCGGCCAGACCCUAGCCGGACGUCAAGGACCAAAGAAAAUAUUCAACGUGUUGAAAGCAGCGUACUGUAA